AUGAAUCAAUUAAAAAUAAAGGAUACGUCGAUACAAGGCGUCAAUAAAGUAUAUGAAGAUUUACGAAAUGAAUCGGCAGAAAAUUUAAUACAAAAAAAACAAUUUACAGGUCAAGAAAAGGAAUAUGUAUCUCAAAUACCUACAGUGAUAGAUUCUCCGUUAGAUUUCAAAGAUGGACAUAAAUUAUGUGAAUCAUCAGUAGUUUCUGAUACAACGGUAUCUUCAUUAGUCAAUAAUUUUGGAAAUGAUAUGCAUAUGUUAGUUCAACAGAUGAUGAAAGAAAAAAUAUCGCUUCAUACACAAAAUAUGCAACUUUGGAAAAUUAUUGAUAAGCAGCGUGCAAUGAUUCUUGAACUUCAAAAGGAUCUAGAAAAAGCAUUUAAGGAAAAAAAAAAGUAUUAUAAUUUAUGGACAAUAUCAUCAAAGAAAAAAACCCCUAAGAAUGUAAAGGAAAUAGGCAUAGCACAAGAAGUAUUGCAAAAAGUCCCAUCAAAUUUUAUUUCAACUCCAAAUAUACGCGAAUCGCAAAAAAAGACUCUCUUAAAUGAAUCUCAAUCACCUAAUAUCGAGAAUUCUGAAUUUUCAUUUAUUCAUUCUGAAGACAGGAAUUUCUCUGUUUUAAAUAAUACUUCAGAUGAUUGUUUUUUAUCUACAGUUCAGCCUUAUUCAAAAAUUAGAAAUAAAACAUUAUCAUCAAUACCUCAAGAAGAAAUUCAACAUCUGACUGAUGCAUUAGAUCAAUCAAAGCCAGAAAAAUCAUCUAGAAGAAGUCCUGUCUUAACGUCAAAAGAACAGGGAAUUAAUCUGGUUUAUAAUCAAUCAAAUAUUACAAUUCACACACAAUCUCCUAUCUAUCCAGAAGAAAUAUCUACGUAUAAAAAGUUCAAUAUCACUUACAAAAAUCUUGAUAGCAGUGCUCAAGAUUUAAAUAUCAGUGAUAAUUCGAAGAAUUCUGAACACAAUAAACCACAUUUUUCAAAAUAUGAUGAAAUAAAUCAAUCAUUAGAGUUAAAUAAGGAUAAGAAAAUAAAAAAUGAAGAUUCCGAGAUGCCAUUAUCGGUUUUUUCUAAUUCGUGUAAACCAGUUUCUGCAUCUACAGGGGAUUCAAUUAUUUCAUUAAAUGCAUCACAAAAUUGCAAGUCAAGCUUAGAACAAGAAUGUCAAUUUUCAUCAUCGUUAGGACAAGGUAAUUCAAUCCAGGAUCCAUGUAAUAAAUCUAACAAAAACAAUUAUCCUAAAAAUUUGGAAAUAAAAAUUUCUCAAGAAAAUAUUUUAUUAAAACAAGACAACGUUAAGGCAUAUGAAUCUGAUUUAAACUCAUCUGCUUCUAUUGGCCUUGUAUCUAAAACUAAUCCUAACUCUCACGAAGAUUAUUUAGAUAAAAUAGGUCAAGCUUUUGAUACCAUAGCAUUAAAUGAAGAAAACACAGGGAACUCUCUUUGCUGCCCAUCUGGGUCCAGUCUGUAUCUUCCUUGUGAUAUUUCAUCAAUUAGUCUUAAAAUUCUAAACUCAAAGUUGCGUAUGGGAAAAAAUAAGGAGGAAAUCUUUUUUUCAAUUGGGAUUUUUCAAAAUACAGAAAAAAAAAAGGAACUUUGGAGAGUAGAAAAAAGCGUGCAAAAGAUAUUAGAUUUUGAUGAUAAGUUAAGGCGUAUUUUGCUUUAUUGGAAAAUUCCCGAUAUUAAUAGUCUUAACACUCAGAGUACAACUCGUGUUGAUCAACGUAAGGCUUUAUUAGAUCAAUAUUUAAAACAUAUUCUUUCAGUUCCUUUAGACGAAUCUGCAUAUUCUCUUCUAAACGACUUUUUAAACACUGAUAUUGAAAUACAGACUAAGCCUCAAAUUUUAUAUGCCAAACAAAAUACAAUAGAUGAAGAAUGUUACAAUGAAUAUGAUACUGGACCAUGUGAUCUCAUAAAAAAAGAAGGCUAUUUAACUAAACGUGGAAAGAACUUUGGGGGAUGGAAAUCGAGAUAUUUUGUCUUAGAUGGCCCAAUUCUUAAAUAUUAUGAAACUCGAGAUGGUAUUCAAUUAGGUAGUAUUAGGCUUUCUCAGGCUCAAAUUGGUCGUCAGCAGUUACAACCAUAUUCCAAUUUAUCCUUUGAAUCUCAUCCAGAUAUUUCAUAUGAUGAUAACUCUUAUCGACACGCAUUUUUAAUUCUUGAGCCUAAAAGAAACUAUUCAUCAAGUUUUAUUAGACAUGUUUUGUGUGCUAAAUCGGAUAAAGAUUGUGACGAAUGGGUUCAAGCUCUUAUGCAAUACGUUGAUAUUAAUAUUUCGGAUAAUUUUAUUAUGUCUACUAAUACUGAAAAAAAAGAACGAAAAAAUUUUUUUAGAAAACAUUCUAUAUUAGCAGAUACAGCGCGUCAUUCAGUAUCAGCACUUGCUAAUAUUAAUGCAUAUCAAAUGUUGAAUAAUGAAUUAAGAACUACACCGGAGAAUACUAAAAGCAAUAUUGGAAAGUUAGAAGAAUCUAAUUAUAUCGAAAAUAAUUCAUUCUCUUCCCCCAUACAUAAUUUAAAGAAAAAUAUUUCUGUUGAUUUUACAUCAAAUCUUUCAAAUGAUUUAUUUGGUAGCUCUAAAAUUAUACAAACAGCAGAGAAUUCAUUAAAUAAUAUAAAACCAUAUGAAAGUAACCUUUCUGGGAAUUACAUAUCUGACGAAUUGCUUAAAUUAGAUAAAAAGUUCAAAAAAAAAGGUUUUUGGAGUUUUGUAAAUAAAGAUGUAAAACAAAAGCCUCUUGAAUCAAUGUCACAGGAGUUGCAGACAUCUUCUAGUAAUAAUGAUUUAAAUACUCACACAUUAAAUUAUAACUUUCAUAACAUAUUUGGAGUUCCGUUGUCUGAAGCUGUUUAUAUUAGUCGAUUGAGUUUAGAAAUAGAUAUAAUGAUUCCAAGCGUGGUUUAUCGUUGUAUAGAAUAUUUAGAUAAUAACAAUGCAGAAAAAGAAGAGGGAAUAUAUCGCCUAAGUGGUUCAAAUACAAUAAUCAAGUCUUUGAAGGAUAAAUUUAAUGCAGAGGGAGAUGUUGAUUUACUAAAUUCAGGAAAAUGUUAUGAUGUUCAUGCUAUAGCUGGUCUUUUAAAGCUUUAUCUUCGAGAACUUCCUACAAAUAUUUUAACAAGAGAAUUGCAUUCUCAAUUUUUAUCCGCAAUAGAUAUUCAAGACACUGAAAAAAGAACCGAUGCUUUAAAUAAACUUGUUCGUUGUCUACCUGAAGAAAACUUUUGUCUAUUACGUGUUUUGAUCAAUCAUUUAUAUCGAAUAGUAGCUCAUGCUAAUUUAAACAAAAUGACUUGUCAUAAUGUUGGUAUCGUCUUUUCUCCCACUGUAAAUAUACCUGCUGGAAUUUUUUCUCAAUUUUUAAUACAUUAUGAUAUUAUUUUUGAAGAUCAAUCAACUUCAACUACAUUUCCCCCAUCUUUAGAUCAAUAG